CCGGCGCGCCGCGCCCCGCCCAGCCCGUUCCGCUCCGCGGCGCCGGCGUGACCGUGACCGGAGCGCGGGGAGGCGGCGCUCGGUCCUGGAUCCGCAGCCCCACGGGCGCCCUCCGCCGCGGGACCGAGACCCCGGGCCGCUCCCCAGAGGCUGAGCGGAGCCGGCGGACCGGCGGCGCGGGAGGGAGGGAGCGAGACGCCAGCAGAGCCGGCGGCGCGCGGCUCCGCGGCCCCUCUUUGCCCACCGGUGCCCGGUGCCGCCGGACCUGGGCACCUGGAGGAGGGUCCGGGACCGGGGCCGCAGCCGCUCCGGGGAGCGCGGGGGCAGGUCCACGCGGCGGUCCCGCGGGGACAGGUCCCGGAUGCGACGGCGCUGACAGCCGCCGAGUCCCACCUUCUCUGAGUGCCGGGGAGCAGGGCCGGCGGCCCCGGUGGCCCCGAUGCCGAAGCACAGCAAGGUGACCCAGCGCGAGCACAGCGGCGAGCAUGUCACGGAGUCGGUGGCCGACCUGCUGGCCCUGGAGGAGCCGGUGGACUACAAGCAGAGCGUCCUGAACGUGGCGGGCGGGCCGGGCGGCAAGCCGGCGGCGGCCGCGGAGGAGGAGCUGGACGCCGAGGACCGGCCGGCCUGGAACAGCAAGCUGCAGUACAUCCUGGCCCAGAUCGGCUUCUCCGUGGGCCUCGGCAACAUCUGGCGGUUCCCCUACCUGUGCCAGAAAAACGGGGGCGGUGCCUACCUGGUGCCCUACCUGGUGCUGCUGAUCAUCAUCGGGAUCCCGCUCUUCUUCCUGGAGCUGGCCGUGGGCCAGCGCAUCCGCCGCGGCAGCAUCGGCGUGUGGCACUACGUGUGUCCCCGCCUGGGCGGCAUCGGCUUCUCCAGCUGCAUCGUCUGCCUCUUCGUGGGGCUGUAUUAUAACGUGAUCAUCGGCUGGAGCAUCUUCUACUUCUUCAAGUCCUUCCAGUACCCACUGCCCUGGAGCGAAUGUCCUGUCGUCAGGAAUGGGACCGUGGCAGUGGUGGAGGCGGAGUGCGAGAAGAGCUCAGCCACCACCUACUUCUGGUACCGGGAGGCCCUGGACAUCUCCAACUCCAUCUCGGAGAGCGGGGGCCUCAACUGGAAGAUGACGCUGUGCCUCCUCAUGGCCUGGACCAUCGUGGGCAUGGCCGUGGUCAAGGGCAUCCAGUCCUCGGGGAAGGUGAUGUACUUCAGCUCCCUCUUCCCCUACGUGGUGCUGGCCUGCUUCCUGGUCCGGGGGCUGCUGCUGCGCGGGGCGGUCGACGGCAUCCUGCACAUGUUCACGCCCAAGCUGGACAAGAUGCUGGACCCGCAGGUGUGGCGGGAGGCGGCCACGCAGGUCUUCUUCGCCCUGGGGCUGGGCUUCGGCGGCGUCAUCGCCUUCUCCAGCUACAACAAGCAGGACAACAACUGCCACUUCGACGCCGCCCUGGUGGCCCUGAUCAACUUCUUCACCUCGGUGCUGGCCACCCUGGUGGUGUUCGCCGUGCUGGGCUUCAAGGCCAACAUCAUGAACGAGAAAUGCGUGGUGGAGAACGCCGAGAAGAUCCUGGGGUACCUCCACUCCAACGUCCUGAGCCAGGACCUCAUCCCCCCCCACGUCAACUUCUCCCACCUGACCACCCAGGACUACGCGGAGAUGUACAAGGUCAUCAUGACCGUGAAGGAGGACCGCUUCUCCGCCCUGGGCCUGGACCCCUGCCAGCUGGAGGACGAGCUGGACAAGUCCGUGCAGGGCACCGGCCUGGCCUUCAUCGCCUUCACGGAGGCCAUGACGCACUUCCCCGCCUCGCCGUUCUGGUCCGUCAUGUUCUUCCUGAUGCUCAUCAACCUGGGCCUGGGCAGCAUGAUCGGCACCAUGGCGGGCAUCACCACGCCCAUCAUCGACACCUUCAAGGUGCCCAAGGAGAUGUUCACAGUGGGCUGCUGUGUCUUUGCAUUCUUCGUGGGGCUGUUGUUCGUCCAGCGCUCGGGGAACUACUUCGUCACCAUGUUUGACGACUACUCGGCCACCCUGCCGCUCACCGUCAUCGUCAUCCUGGAGAACAUCGCCGUGGCCUGGGUCUACGGGACCAAGAAGUUCAUGCAGGAGCUGACGGAGAUGCUGGGCUUCCGGCCCUACCGCUUCUACUUCUACAUGUGGAAGUUCGUGUCGCCCCUGUGCAUGGCCGUGCUCACCACGGCCAGCGUCAUCCAGCUGGCGGUCACGCCCCCGGGCUACAGCGCCUGGAUCAGAGAGGAGGCCGCCGAGCGCUACCUGUACUUCCCCGACUGGGCCAUGGCGCUGCUGAUCCUGCUCAUCGUCCUGGCGACGCUGCCCAUCCCCGUGGUGUUCGUGCUGCGGCACUUCCACCUGCUGGCCGACGGCUCCAACACGCUGUCCGUGUCCUACAAGAAGGGCCGCAUGAUGAAGGACAUCUCCAACCUGGAGGAGAAUGACGAGACCCGCUUCAUCCUCAGCAAGGUGCCCAGCGAGGCGCCCUCGCCCAUGCCCACCCACCGCUCCUACCUGGGGCCCGGCGGCACCUCGCCCCUGGAGCCCGGCGGCAACCCCAACGGACGCUACGGCAGCGGCUACCUCCUGGCCGGCACCCCGGAAUCGGAGCUGUGACCGCCGCCCGCCACGCCCGCCCCUCGCCCCCGCCCCGCCGGGCCCUCCUCCGGGAGAGGGGCCCCCCUGCCUCGUCCCCAGCCCGUCCGUCCGCACCCCAGGCCUGGGGGGGGGGGCCCUGCCAUCUAACCCUCCGAGGUCCAUCACCCCACGGCCGCCGAGGACCGGGAACGGAGGGGAGACGCCCAGGGCCACUUACAGGUCACCCCCCCCUUCGCUCCCCCUAACCUGCUCCAGCGGAUCUUGAUCUCGGAGCCCUUGUGCUGCCCGGUGGUGGGGGGGGGGGUAUCCCAGAGGCUGCCUGGCUGAAGGCGGGGGUGGGACAGAUGUGCCAGGACCCGGGGCUCAGCGUGGGGUGGGGCUCCUUCGUGUGAGGCAGAUGGUGCCCGGGCGGCGGGGGGUGGGGCUCUAGGUGGGAUCUCCGAUGUCCCAGGCCAUGCCUGGCGGGUGGGGGGCUGGCGGUCAGGGGGUGCUCCUGCAUCUUGCCUGGGAGGCCAUGACGAGGUCCGAACCCCUCAGGCCUCCACCGGGGCUUAGUGUCUCCCUGUCCCCUCCCGGCCCCCGCAGCCCCAUCCGGGAGCCUGAGUCCAGAGCACACGCGUCCACAGCACAAUCGGGCGGUUUGGAGCACAAUUGCAAAGCACAUCCCCUCCUCUCACCUGGGACCCGACUUCCUAAUGGCAGCUUCCCCCUGGAACGGGUUCCUGGAGUUCGGGGCCCUCGUCCAGGAAGCCUGGCACCCGGCAGAGAGGUCAUCCCAGUGCCCUCUGGGGCACCUCCCCCCGCCCCCUCUGUUAUGUAAGCACAGCUGCCCAGGCCGUGGCGGUCGGGGCCACAGACGGCGCUGUGGAUGCUGAAGGCUGCCAAGGGGAGGGGCUGGGUGUCUGUGUCCCACCCCCACUCUUCCCUUCCACCUACCCUGGAACAGAACCUGACCAGAGAACAUGUCUGCAGAGUGAUGGGUGGGCCAGUGGAAGGAUGGGUAGAUGGGUGAUGGAUGGAUGGAUGGGCGGAGGGAAGGAUGGAUGGAUGGAUGGAUGGGCGGAGGGAAGGAUGGAUAGAUAGAUGAU